AGGCUACUAGGGAUUCGAACCCUCACUCCUUCACACAUUCACAUUCUCUUGUCUCUUAAAAUUACGCAGCAUGGCGCGCUCCUCUCCCCAUCCGUUACAACCUGCGAUGCUAUUGGGGUCACCUUCAUUUCCCAACGCCAUUGCCUGGUCUCACGACAACCUCAUUGCUGUUUCUUCCGGUCACCUUGUCACCAUACUUAGACCAGACUUGCCAUUUGGACCACGAGGUGUGAUUAAAGUCUCCCCAAGUGAGCCCCUUCAAGUGGGGUUUGUAGAAAGAAAAGAUUUACUCUCUGGAUGCCUCCUGCCGAUAACAUUGUAUCGGGAUGAUAAGCCUGUUGUCCGAUCAAUAUCAUGGUCUCCGCUUGGCAUGGCUGCGAAUUCAGGGUGCUUGAUUUCUGUUUGCACCUCUGAAGGACGCGUGAAGAUUUUUCGUCCACCUUUUUGUGAUUACUGUGCUGAAUGGAUCGAGGUUGUGGACAUAACUAAAAGGUUGUAUGAGUAUUUUCAAUUUACCACGUUUCAAGGUACAGGGAACGCUUCAUUAGAUGUAUCUGAUAAAAAUGCAUCAGAUCAUACAGAUUCUGUCGAUAAAAAUAAUGAGAAACUGUCGAAAAAAAAGGCUGAGAACCACUUGUUGCCAUUGAUAAGUGCUGACCAAUAUGCUUCUCGUAGUGCAAUGCUCUGUUCGCUUGUUGUUUCAUGGUCUCCCUUGCUGCGUUUAGCAUCUGAAUUUAAUCCAGUUUGUGAUUCUGUCAGUCUACUUGCUGUUGGUGGGAAGUCUGGUAAAAUUUCUUUAUGGAGAUUUCACCCACCAGAUUGUUAUACUGUUGAGGACAGAGAAGUCCCAACUACUGUGAAGUUUGCUGGCCUUCUUCAGGCACACAAUUCGUGGGUUACAACUAUUAGUUGGUUGUUGUUUUCUCUUGAUUCUUCAAAUCCUCAAAUUUUAUUAGCUUCUGGAAGCUCUGAUGGGAGUGUGAAGAUUUGGUUGGCUGACAUUGACAAAUUGCUGAAAUCAUCAGAAGUGGAUGAAGCUUCUUUCUCAUUAUUGAAGGAGGUUAUAACUGUCAAUGCUGUCCCAGUUUCUGUACUCUCAGUAACUGUGCACGUUCAAUACCCUUCUAAGAUGCUUUUAGCCAUAGGCACAGUUUCUGGUUCAUUUGAAAUAUGGCUAUGUGACAUAUCUUCUAGGGAAUUUGAUAAGCUUGGCUCAUAUGAUGCGCAUGAUUUGGUUGUUACAGGUUUGGCCUGGGCAUUUGGUGGUAGAUUUUUGUACAGCUGCAGCCAGGAUAAUCUAGUACGGAGCUGGACUUUGCAUGAGAAUCGUCUCAAUGAAGUGACCCUUUUUUCUGACAUGCCUCAUGACAGUUCAAUCUGCAUUUCAAGAGAUGCAUUCGAUUCAUGUUUUGGCGUAGCUGUGUCCCCUGGAAAUCUUGUCAUUGCUACUGUUCAUUGCUUUGAUGUUGAGAAACUGCAUCGAAUGUAUGAAGGAAGGAUUCUGAAGGCAGCUGUUGAAUACUUUUGGAUUGGUGGGCUCAAAGUGGAUGUUCAGCUGAAAUCUCCCUUUUCAUGUUACAUUGAAGAAAAUUCCAGUUUUAUGGAGAAAGAAUUAACUUGUUGGGGAACCAAUAUUUUAUGGUCUUUAAACCAAUAUCAAUGUCAUAAUAAGCCUCUGGUUCUUUGGGAUAUAAUUGCAGCAUUAUUGGCAUUCAAGGAAAACAAUUCUAAAUUUGCUGAACAUAUACUAAUUAAGUGGAUCUCAUCAUCAUUUCUACAAUUACAUAUGGACCUUCCUCCUGAAAAAGUUUUGUCAGCUGUCUCUUCAAGCUUGUCAGACAUUCCUUCUAGACUGCUACACUUGCUCAAUAUAAUUUGUAGACGUGUAAUGUUAGCAGAGCUGGAUGCUGAUCAAAUAACUGGAAUGAACAAAAUGGUUCAAAAGCUGGAAAGGGUAUGUCCUGCCAUGGAAAAACAAACUACUAAGUGGAUAGAAAUUCUUCUAAGCAGUGAAAGAGAGCUCCGAGAAAGGCUUGUUGGUUUUAGUUUAUCUGCUUUCCGCACUAGCAUGUCCAAUACAGAAACUACUUCCCAACCUGGUUGUUGGUAUCCUGUUGGACUAGCUGAGAUGGAACAAUGGAUUGCUUUAGAUAGGGAACAUUUACGUGACCAGUUGAAAUUCAUUGCAUCAGAAGUUACUAUCGAGAAAAGGUCCCUGACCAGUAGAUGUGAGACAUGCAGUUUUUGUUCAGCAUCAGUUCCAUUUGAAUCCCCUGAGUUUGGUUUUUGUCAGGGUGAAAAUUUCAGUAGUGGUGAUGUUAAGCCUCACAGGUUAUCGAGAUGUGUUGUUUGUAUGCAGGUUUGCCCCAUUACUCCCCUAUGGUAUUGUGUCUGUUGUCAUAGGUCAGGGUUUAGAUUGGCGCCAGAACCACUUUUUAGAAUGUCUUCAUUUCAUCUAGAUUCAGACUCUUCCACUAUAUCUAACUCUCAUGCAGUAUCCUCAAAACCAUUGUGUCCCUUUUGUGGGAUACUGCUACAGAGACAACAACCAGACUUUCUACUUUCUCCUACACCUGUAUAAGAAUAUUUAAUAAUUAUUUUUAUAUAAAGAGUUUAGUUUGGUUUUAA